AUGUUGACGGUGCAGAGGUCAGCGGAAGCAGUGGUGGCAGCAGCAAAGGUGGUGCGAACAUUUCUGGCACAUGCGCAGAAGGUUCUUUACUGGACGGUAAAGGGGGUCAAGGGUGAGGAGAUGGCUACCGACCAUCUGGAGUGUCCGGACGGCGCAAGUCUGGUGGUGCCGCAAAGACCUUACGCGGUUUCGUUCCCUGUUAAGAGUAUAACCCCGGUGACAGUAAAAGGGGGGAGAGUGCUUGGCGCGAUGGGCGAGCCGAGAGCGAAGCUGUGCCUGACAUCGCUGGUAGGAGACGAUAUGAGGCCGGCUGCACCGAAAGCGAUUAGGAGGGCGCUGGCAGGGCCCGUGGUGACGUCCAGACGGAGACACGAAUGGGAAGAGGAGUGGGGGAACAAAAUAGACUGGAAGGCGGUCAGAGAAAGAAGGGACUCGCUGGUGAUCCCGUACAGAGCAAGAGAUGUGCUGUUGAGGAUGCACAGCAAGAACCUGCAGGUGGGGGGGAGGCUGGUGUUUCUUGGAGCCAGGGGGUGCUGCCCACACUGUGGAGAGCCAGAAACCCUAGCUCACUGCAUGCUUACCUGCCCAGUCAUCCAACCGGUGAUCGGCGCGCUGCUGAGGUCAUUGGGGAUCAUAAACCCAGCAGACCAAACGAGGACACUGGGAGACAUGCUGUUUCAGGAGGGGGCCACGAAAUCCAGGUUUCCAGGGGCGACGUUGACAGCAGUGACAAUGCGCAGGAUUUGGUUGGCCAGAGUGGAUGCAGUGUACCGGAAGGAGAAAUUUCAGAGGAAAAAGGUGGCACGGGCAGCAAUCUAUGACUUCAUGCGGCAUAAUGAACGAGGAAGGGCGGCAUCAGCAGCUGCGCCGUCCUUCACAGCGCACAUAACACCGCGACCAACGCCGCCUUUCUCGCAGCGCCCUUCUUUCCCACAUUCCCCCCUCUUCCGCCGCCUCCCCACGUUUCCCCUCAUGGAGCGCACCUUUUCCGCCAGCGGCCGCCACAAUCACCCCACGUUCGGCUCCCCCGCGCUCCGCCCUUCCGCCUCCCCCCUCUUCACCCACGCUUCCCACGCCACCGCGCGAUCCCCGCCGCACUCCCCGUCGUACUCCCCGCCGUAUUCCCCGCCGUAUUCCCCCCCCUACUCCCCAAGCUCCCCCUCUAAAGGCCCCUUCCCCCAGGCCUCCCCACGCCUUAGAUGCCUAUAUAUAGCGAUUCUGAUAGUAGUCUCGUACAAUUUAAGUUACGUGGUAGAGCAUUUAACUCUGUCUUUAUUAGGCCGCCCUAACGCGUGGUCGCACGGCGGCGCGAAGGGCGGGGAGGAGGAGUACGGCGCGUACGGCGCGGACACCGCGCUUUAUAACGCGCUGUCCGCGGCUAUCGAUAGCGGGGAUGACCCGCCCACGCUGGCGUCUUUCACGCCUCCCGACCUGCCCGAAUGGGACCCCAACGACGUGCAAGUGGAGGUGCCGGUGGUGUUCUACCAUGGCCGCCCGGGAGCCUCGCCCUGCCAUAAGUCGCAUUAUGUCUAUAAAGUAGUCUCCGAGGCGCGCAAGCACAACAACGCGGUGCAUUUCAUCGGCCCUCGGGAGUGUCGGCAGUUUUUCUUCCACAUGGGGGUGGCCUUCGAGGAGCAUGCGGAGUACGAGGAGGUGUAUGAGUGGUUCAUUCGCAACCUUGGGACUCCCGUGGACGUGCAUGUGCGAUGGUUCAUACUAAAGAAGUUCAUGGAGCGCCACAACUACGGACGCAUAUUCCACCUCGCCACCGAAGUCAUGCUCUUCGCCAAUGCCUCCCAGGUGGCGGCAUGGCUCUUCCCUAACUCUGACCUCGCUCUCCCUGCGCGCUGGCCCAGCAUCAGGCCUCCAUUGAGGCCCACUCAGUACUCCUCUGCAGGAGUGGGCACGCACAUAGCCCUCAUGUCAUACGCAGCGCUGGUGGACUGGUGUCUCUUCCUGCACGCUGUCUUUGACUCGGCCAUGUUCGGAGGAGACAAGGACACCCAAGACCUGGUGCUGCUGCCGUCCUACGUGGAUGUUACAAUCAUGGGCUGGUACACUUUCGCUGGCUGCUGGCUGCAGUGGGUGGAGCCCCCAUGUGUGUCAGGCGUCAAACCCGAGACCGCCAAGGCACUCCGCAAGCGGGGCAUCCAACCGCGCUUCCGAGUGCAAUCCCUCUGCCAGCCGCGGCGCUGCCUCAACUCCUCCUGGUCCGACCCCGGCCUCUGCGUCUUUGACAACAACUUCUCCCUCACGCCCGGCCGCCCGUUCUUCAAGUUUAAAACCGGGGACAAGUGUCCGAGCACGAUGCACUAUGGGUUUUACCGCGGGUGGGAGGAGGAGGCGCAGACGGAGCCGGUGCAGUUCCUGGCGGUGCAUUUCAUGCAUCGCAAGAAAGAGUUUCUGAGUACAAAGUUUCCGCCUGAACCAGAGAAGUCGUGGGGUAGUGCGAGCGAGUAG